AGACCAUAUACUAUUGCACCGGAACCUCUGUUUCUCCUAAUGAAAGUCGCAAUCCCUCGGCAACGAUUCGUCGCCCAACGACCCUCUGGCAACCGAGUCCCACGGGCAUGUGAAUCAUGUCAUCAGCGGAAAAUAAAAUGCACCGGUGACACUCCGGCUUGCAGACAAUGUCGAGAAUUCAACAUUGAAUGCUCGUAUCCGUUAACAUCGCGUGAACGACAAAAAAGGCAAUUAAAAGCGCUUUCAAACAAAGUCCAAGAGUAUGAGACUAUGCUGAACGAGAUGGGGAAUCUUCCCGGCUCCCCUGCUAAGCGCAUUAGGGAUCUAUUGCACAAGUAUGAUUCAGAUUCCGGUUAUGUGUCCAACGCGACGCCCCUUAGCGUAUCCCAAGACCAGGCUGAGCUUGAGCGAUCCAGUUCACCUUCCUCCAUUGGAUCACUGGAGGCGGUGGAUCGAGUUGAGGAGGACCUCAAUCUAACUGAAAAUUCCCGUGCCACAGGAUUUAUGGGUAAAAGCUCAGAAAUCACAUGGCUAAAACGGCUGCUGGAAGAAGAGCAGCGCGAUGGCCAACCGUCAAAAUCAACAUGUAACGAUGAUAGCCGCUCCGGUGACCGAAUUCCUCCACACACCAUCGACUAUCAUCUCGAUGACUUGAGCAUCGGUGUUCCAGAGGCCGUACAAAUGUAUUGGGUUCCCCCACGAGAGCUAGCAGAUCGUCUGUUUGAAACUUAUCUGCUCAUGGUUCACCCGCAAUACCCCAUCAUUGACCGGACCCAGUUUUCUGUCCAAUACAGGAACUUUUUUGAUGCAAUUCAUUUGCCAAGUGAUAAAUGGAUGGCACUGCUGAACAUGAUCUUUGCGAUAGCAUCGAACUACUCUUGUAACAGUGACAUAGCAGGGCCAGGAUCUGCUCGAGAUCAUCUGUUAUAUCUGACCCGUGCUAGAAUGCUUAGUAUGGGCGGCGAUAACCUAUUUCAACAUCCUGACCUCCAACAAGUGCAAAUAGAGGGGUUGAUUGCAUUUCACCUGCUGUCUAUAAACCAGAUUAAUAGGGCAUGGAGGAUCUCGGCGUUGGCAAUUCGAUCCGCAAUCUCUCUCGGUAUCAAUUUGAGAAAUAACAGCCACUUACUUCCAGGUCUCAUCAAAGAGUCACAUUGUCGAAUUUGGUGGUGUCUAUUCACCGUCGAACACAAGCUGGGAUUGAUGACUGGCCGUAAAACAGCAAUCUCGAUGAAUAUGUUUAGCUCUCAAUUGCCGCUUCCCUUCGACGAAGAUCAAUUGCUAGAGCCCUCGGCUGCCCGGUUUCUCGAAGAUCUGGAAAUGAGAGAAAACCGCCUGAACAGAGCAAUGACGAGUCCGUACCUACGGAUAAUGGACAGCAAACGAACGGGUGAUGCACUAAUUGGGCUCUCAUGGCUUCAAACACUACCUGCCGAUGCCGCACUUUACUUUCUAUACCAUUGCGAUCUGGCAGUCUUGACUCAAGAAAUCUUGAACCGAGUUUACUCGGUCGAGUGUGCGAUGUUAUCAUGGGAAGAGAUCAAGAGCCGCAUCAACCAUCUGAAAGCGAGCGUCGAUAGUUGGUUAUCAUGCCUUCCAUCUGCGCUAGAUUUCACUCACAUGGAAGAAGAUAAUAGCCAACCCUAUCGGUUCAAAAUAAGCUUGGCAUUCCACUAUUAUAGCACACAAAUCAUGCUAGGACGGCCGUGCCUUUGCCGGCAUACGGAUCGCGAUACGCAUGGCUUCACCCACGAAAUGGCCGUGUUGACUCUGGAGUCUGCGAUGCACAUGCUCGAUUUGUUACCAGAUGAGCCAAACACAAUCUACCUGUAUCAGACCUGUCCAUGGUGGUGCAUUCUUCACUAUAUCAUGCAGACAGCGUCAGUAAUCAUCUUGGAACUCUCAUUUGGCUGCGUCCAUAUUCGAGAAAAAGAAAGCAGUCUUAUACGUCUCGGGAAAAAGUCUGUCCAAUGGCUUUACACAAUGUCCGAGCAUAGCAUCGCAUCGCGACGUGCAUGGCAGCUGUGUGAAGGUGCACUUUCUCGGCUGGCGCUGAAGCUCGGAUACGACACUCGCAAUUUACCAUUCCGUCCAAACCAGCAGCGGGUCAAGCCCUGCAUUGAUCCUGUGGACCCUGCUUUGCUUGAGCAGCUGGAUGAAACAAUUGACCCCAGGACAUUGUAUACCCACGACGAUCAACGUCUAUCGAGACCACGUCCACAGGAAGGUUCUGUCGCAAGCCGGGGUGAAAUUGAAUCAAAUCUUGCGGAAUUGUUGGGCUCUGAGCUUCCAUCUGCGCCAAGUACCCAUGACCGUAGCGCAGGCGACACGCAUUUCCCCUAUGACCCAAUCACCGGGGAGUUCAUCCGUUCUUUCUUCCCCGAGCCGAACGAAGACGAGCCGUGGGACGGCUAAAGACAUGCAAUUUGAUAUAAUCUUCGACCUGGCACGGGAAUCUUGAAAGACCUUUCUUCAGCGUGUCUAUUCUCCAAUUGAACGUAGUCAUCUUUUUCUCUUCGGAUUUACUAAGUGUGACAAUAGUUGUAUAGGGUUCACUCACACUCGAAAUACCCAGCAUUGUUUAAGGAUGAUUUGCCAUGUAUUUUGGAUAUGGCGGUGGCGGCGCGUUUGCGCAACAGAAGGCUCGACAUGCUUUUUCUACUGAAAGAUUGCGCGCGGAAACCACGAAAGGCAAAUGGAUUAGGGACGCUUGAAGGGAU